GACGGACAUCGGAACGAUUUUUGUUUACUUUUUACAAAUCGGCACAUAAUUUUUAGAAAUUCACGCCUCAAAAUUCAAACAGUGCCCAUCAAUCUUUGUUCGUUGCAAUCACAAUCACGUCGCGAUGGAUAGGAAACUCAGUCAUUGCGAAUUAGUCGAAAAUACGGAUAUAGAGUGGAACGGGGACGGAUUCUGUCGCCUUUGUUUCUCAGAGUCGAACUUGAUGGUGCAACUGUUUCCGGAACACAAUAGUCCCGAUCGGGAUCUUUUGUGGAAAAUUCUCGAGUGUACUACGCUAAAGUUAACGUAUGAUACAGAUCACUCCGCGCAAAUUUGCCAGGAAUGCAUCCAACGAAUGACCGAUUUCUGCGACUACCGCAUUCAAUGUUUGAAAAAUGAUAAGAGAAUAGCCUCACAUAGGCAGCGCAAAAUUGAACCAGAAUGUUCAGCAACCGCGACUAGUCCGGAAGAGCUGCAGGACGUUGAAGAGUUCAUAGAAUACGAAGUCAGCAUCACCAACGAUGAAGAUGCUGCUGAGCUAAUGGAAGAUGACGUCGAUAAUACGAGUGAAUACGGUCACGAAGUUACGAUUGAUGGUACAUCGAAUGUGAAAGAGGAACAAACUUUUGACGAUGACCAUCUAAUACCCCUCGAACAAGAAAGUGAUCCUCCCGAUGAUGCAGCGGAUGUUUCAGAUGUCAACCAACCAGAAAAAUCAAAGAAGAAGCGAACUAGAAAAAUUCUGCUCCACGAAGGUCACACGUAUCAACUGCUAUCAUCACGGCCAAAAUGUGACUCCAUCACGUGGGGAUGUUUUUGGCGAAAAACGAAAGGCUGUCGGGGCACCUUAGGCACAAGGGUAAACGGUAUGAUACUAGGGAAUGUUAUACCGCAGCACAACCAUCCGGCUCAGCCGGUUGAUCGCACCAAACAACGGAAAGCGAUCGUCAUCCACGCCUUUCGAGAGGUGGAAAACGUUUACCUCAACGAACCGUACGAAAUAGUCAAAAAUCGCAUCGGAGGAGACAUGCUCGUGUACAACGGGGAUCGAUAUCCCUACUCGCACAGUCGUAAGGACGGUUGCCGCAUAUGGAAGUGCAACUCGCACCGGAAGUGUACGGUUUCCAUUUACCUCUGCCCGGAUGGGCGGAUUUUCAAGCAGGCCAACAGCCGACAUUCCGACGAUAAAAUUAUUCAGAAGAGGAUCCGCCAAUAUGACGACGAAGUCGACGUCACGAUAAGUGACGCAUCAGCCACAAUCGAAGAAAUCUAUCCGAACCCGGAGGGAACAUUCAACUACAAGAUAGUGAAGAAUACCAACAAGCGAAACGUGCUGAUAUAUGAGGGGGAUAGAUACAGCUAUUACUAUAAGAAAACGAACGGCUGGAUUGUGUGGAGAUGUACGGUGUCGAAGGGUUGCGUGGCCAUGAUCUAUCAACUUUGUGAUGAGUCUGUAGCCGUUUUGGGCGACACAACUCACAAUCACCUGAAGAUAUCCGGUAGUUCUCAGAUAUCGUAAGAGGUAAGUAGAUCUCCUUGAUUGAUUAACUCUUUUUCAGUUGAGACUAUUCUACGAGAAGAGUGAUUUAAUUUUUUUUAUAUAAACUAUUCUUCCUUAAAUCAGUAAAUCAGUUCAUUCUAUUGGCUUCACGACAUCCUUCUCAUAGUAUAAGCCCAAUUGCAUCUGAUUAGAUUAAGUAGUGUAUGUCUGCAGCUUCAAUGAUAAUUUAACACAUCUCCUCUAGAA